AUGGAGGAGGCCAAGCUGAGACCCACCAUGACCGGCAAAAAGAUGGCUCGUCUUGGCCGUGACCCCCAGGGUGAAUGUCAUCUGCAGCCAGGCCUUGGAGGGAACAUCACCCUGACGGGCUUGGCUUCUGGCUUCUGUGCCCAGAAUGUCUCUCUGGCCUGGCAUCAGGAUGCGGCACCUUUGAGCCAGGACACCCAGCAGUCUGGGGGUGUCCUGCCUGCCCUAGGGAAUGGGAUCUACCAGACCUGGGUGGCCACCAGGGCCCAAGGAGAGGAGCAGAGGUCCUGCUACGUGGGACACAGCGGAAAUCACAGCACUCACGCUGUGCCCUCUGGGAAGGCCUUGGUGCUCGGCGUCGAUGGCCAGCCCUUCCGUAUGCUGCUGCUGCUGCUGCUGUCAUCAGUGCUAUUCUCUGUGUCCUUUGGUACAAGACAACCACGACAUCAGCUCCUGCCUGUGCACCACAGCCUCUCAGGCUAUGGGUCCCUCUGA